AUGAUUAGUGGACUUUCUGCUAGUACAUCUCAAAAUCCAUUAUUAUCUCCUGCUUAUGAUCUGCUUAUGAAAGCAUUAAUUAAAACAUUUACUACACCUAUUGCAGUUAAUGAAGUCAAAGCAAAAUUUUCCGUUGAAAUUAUGUUAGCUAAUGAUGUAUUUACUCUUGAUGAUGCUCUUCGUAUAUUUAUUCAACAAUUUCUUCUUGCUUUAUAUGACGGCAAUUAUCAUUAUGUACCUGAAGAUUGGCAAAUAGAAUAUCCAGCAUAUGCUAGAAUUAUAGGAGAAAUUAAUAAUAUAUUAGAUUUAUUAGCUGAACGAACAUUAUCUAAAAUAAGUAUGAAAGAUAUUCGCCCAUUUGUUGAAUCUUUAACACCAACAGCAUUUAUUGAUUUACAACGUUUAAUAAAAGCAGCGGCAGAGAGAGAAAAACUAAACAAUAAUAACGAAGAAGAAGAAGAACACAAAGAAGAAGAUACACCUAAAAUAGAAUUAUAG